AUGGCGCCCAUAAACUCCUCCACCGACGAGAAGACACACCAGGCUCUCCUGGCCCAACUCGACAUGCACCGUGUGCACAAACCCUUCCGCAACCCGAACUGGAAGCCGCCGCAACGCCGCAACAAGAACGUCAAGCAGAUCAUCUCCGAGGCGCAGCGCAAAGAAGCGUCCGUCAUGGCGACGCAGAACAACAGCGGAACGUCUACGCCCGCGGUCCCGCGAGCCAACAGCGACGGCAGCAACAUCGCGCAGGCCGCCCAGAACCUCGGCGCGCUGGUGGCAGAGAAGAACGGCAAGGCGGCCGUGGGACCUGCCGUCACGUACACCAAUGUAGAGGCUCCUCCGAGUCUGCAGGUCAAGCGGAAAUACUGCGAUAUCACAGGCUUGCCAUCCGCGUACAUGGAUCCCAAGACGAGGCUGAGGUACCACAAUGCCGAGAUCUUCGGACUCAUCAGGACGAUGGGACAGGGGACGACGGAGCAGUAUCUGGCCGCCAGAGGAGCGCAUACCGUGCUCAAAUGA